AUGAAAAGUAGAGAAGAUAUUAAACAAGAAUUUGAAGACUAUAUAGAUAAUGAAAUAGACAAAAUAGCAAAUAGUUUAGAGUCUAGUUAUAGCGAAGAAAGAAGAGAUAGAAAUAAUGAAAUAGAUAAUAAAAUAAAUAAUGAAGCAGAAGCAGAUAAUAGAAAUAAUAAAAUAGAUAAUGAAAUAAACGAUGAAGCAGAAGCAGAUAAUAGAAAUAAUAAAAUAGAUAAUAAAAUAAACAAUAAAGCAGAAGCAGAUAAUAGAAAUAAUGAAAUAAAUAAUGAAAUAGACGGUAAAGCAAAAUUUGAAAAAGAUGAAAUAGAUGAAAUAAAAAAAGUACAUAUUGUAUAUAGUAUGUAUAACUAUAUUAGAGUUGUGG